AUGGGAUACUUUACCUUAUGGAUGCGUUAUGUAAGAUGCAAUGUUCUCGUAGCAAGGAUAACCGAUAUUGGAGUGGAGAAGAGUGCCAGAGGACGAACACCUGAGUUUCAACCACGCAGUGCCUUGAUUAAUCCAACGACGCGCAAGCUCCUUUGGUAUCCUCUUACGCCCGCUUCCACACCCUUUGACAAUAUGUCCUUCCGCAUUGCCCCCGCCGUCCAUCCUGAAAACAACACCAAAUCAACAAUCGAUACCACACAUGCCGAGCUUGGUGGACACGAUGCACUUCGUUACGGUACACGAUCUAUCAAGACUGAAGUACUCCCUGGUCACCCUCUUGAACAACGAUUGGAUCAGUGGCAAGAAUCCCAAUGGGAACUCAAGUUGAAUAUGGCACGUCAAGUACACGGUAUGCACGCACCAAUCAAGAUGAUGAUGGAAAAAGAGAUCGUUAGCAAGCGUCAACGGAUGCCUGUGAUGCCAUCUUCCAACUUGCAUCUUGAUAUCUUGAUGGGAAAGGAUGAGUCUAUUGAUUUUGAAGACUUUUUGAAUGAUCCCAACAUGUCCACUGACAUUCUCGAUAUCCAUGGUGCUAUGGAGCACAAGUUGAAGCUUAAGGUCUAA